AAUAAGAUUUGGUGUCGUCUCCAAGUUCGAUGUAAUAUAGGGGAGUCUUGAUAUUUGCCUGCACAUAUUUUAUUUUUGAUAUGUCUUACGGCACAGGCAAUCAAUCAACCGGCUCAGGCCGAGGACAUGCAUACAACAAUCCCAGUUCUGUUGCGACAAGCAACGACGCCGUGCCGCCUGGCGACAAUACUGCCUCCGAGCACGAUGGGAUUAGUGAGCCACAAACAACAUGGGAGAAAGCAAGAAGCUUCUACGAGAGAAAUAUAGGUCUCUUCCUCGUGUUCAUGGCUCAGGUUUUUGGCUCGUUGAUGACAAUGACUACUCGACUGCUUGAAACAGGUUUCGAGACCAAGUUCCAUGCUCUACAAAUCAUCUUCGUCCGCAUGUUGGCUACUGCUAUUCUUGGUUUCUUGUACAUGUGGAUCAAGAAAGUCCCUGACAUGCCGUUCGGCGAUCGAAAGAUCAGGGGGUUAUUGGUGCUGCGAGGCUUCGCGGGGUUUCUCGGGCUCUUCUGCUCUUACUACUCGCUCUCGUUUCUGAACAUAUCCGAUUCCACGGUCAUCAGCUUCAUCGUCCCGACUCUUACAGCGUUCAUCUGCUUUGUCGCUCUCAAAGAACCCUUCACACCGCAAGAGGCACUUGCUGGUGUUAUCGCCUUCGUCGGCGUCCUCUUCAUCGCGCGCCCUACGUUCAUUUUCCCGGCCCCCGAUGAUGAGGCCAACGCAGGGCAUCUUCAGAUAUCAGCCGCUGCGGACGCUCCUGCAGGUCUGGUCCCCGACGUUCCCGUGACGCCAGCUCAGCGGUCUCUCGCAGUUGUCAUCGGAGUGGUCGGCUCCUUGGGCGCCGCUACCGCAUAUUCCACCAUCCGAGUCAUUGGGAAGCGUGCACACUCCCUAGUCAGCGUUAACUACUUCGCACUGGUGGCAACGAUCGGCUCCUUCCUCAUCAUUCUGGUGCACCCGGACCUGGAGUUCAAGGUUCCCCAGAGUGCCGCACAAUGGGGCAUGCUUACCGCCAUCGGCAUCGCUGGCUUCCUGCUGCAAUUCCUUCUGACCGAGGGACUGCAGCGGGAAAAGGCUGGGCGCGCUACUAACUUGAUUUAUACCCAGUUAGUAUUUGCCCUGAUCUUGGAGAAGAUCGUUUGGGGCACCACGCCAGCUGGCUGGAGUUUUGUUGGUGCUGUUCUCAUCAUCGGAGCCGCCAUCUGGGUUAGUUUGCAAAAGCAGAAGAAACCGGCAGUGGAAGCCAAGCCCGCGGUUGUAGAUGAAGAGAGCAGUCUGCUGGGAAACACUGGAGAUACGGGCUCGCGAUCGGCGUGAAUUAAGUCGGUUGACAGCGUUCUCAAGUAGGGACCCACGCAGACAUCAUGCCGGCUACAUGGCUAGGAUAGAUAAUUGAUCAAUUACGCUGAAUUAUCUUGUAUCAUUUCUCGCAUCCUUUCUCUGAGUCGGGGUCACUGAAGCUA